AUGUCUAAUAAUAAUGAAGUACCGACUGAGGUGUUUAAAUUUUUUUUAAGACUUGCAGAAAGUGGGAACGCAGUGGCCCAAUACGUCAUAGCUAUAUGUUAUCAACAAGGAAAAGGAAUCGAUAUAAACUAUAACAAGGCGUUUAAAUGGUUCUAUAAUUCUGCAAGAGGAGGAUUUAUUAACGCACAAUAUUCAUUGGCCCAGUGCUACAUAUUCGGGAAGGGAACUCACAAGGAUGAACACAAAGCGUUUCUAUGGUACAAGGUCUCUGCGGAAGGGGGAAGCCCAACAUCGAAUGGGCCUCCUAUGCUAUUUUGA